AUGGAGACCAAAAUCCCGCCGGCCGUCACCCCGACCAGCCCUUCAUCCCCCGGGCUGUCCCCGGUGCCCCCACCGGACAAAGUGGACGGUUUCUCCCGCCGGUCGCUUCGCCGCUCCCGCCAGAGACGGUCGCACAGUUCCUCCCAGUUCCGAUACCAGAGCAACCAGCAGGAGCUGACCCCUCUCCCCCUGCUGAAAGAUGGGAAGCGAAUUGGUGAGUGUAAAAGAUUCAGAGGCUUUGAUGCUUCCCGUAAAAAGGAUCAGCCCAUAACUCUCAUCUCAGUCAACAUUUUCCGAAUUCUUCCACCCAGUGAGAACCCUGAGUUUGAUCCCGAAGAAGAUGAACCAAACUUGGAACCGUCUUGGCCCCAUCUCCAACUUGUAUAUGAAUUUUUCCUCCGGUUCCUUGAAAGUCCAGACUUCCAACCCUCGGUUGCCAAGCGCUACAUAGACCAGAAAUUCGUAUUGAUGCUGCUAGAAUUGUUCGACAGCGAAGACCCCAGGGAACGUGAAUACCUCAAGACCAUCCUUCAUCGGGUUUACGGCAAAUUCCUGGGCCUUCGGGCGUAUAUUCGCAAGCAAUGCAAUAACAUUUUUUUGAGGUUCAUCUACGAGACGGAGCAUUUCAACGGAGUGGCGGAGUUGUUAGAAAUCCUGGGGAGCAUCAUCAACGGCUUCGCCCUGCCCUUGAAGGCGGAACACAAGCAGUUCCUCAUCCGGGUCCUCAUCCCGCUUCACUCCGUCAAGUCCCUCUCCAUUUUCCAUGCCCAGCUGGCCUACUGCGUGGUCCAGUUCUUGGAAAAAGAUGCCACGCUGACCGAGCACGUGAUCCGCGGCCUGUUGAAAUAUUGGCCGAAGACCUGCACCCAAAAAGAGGUGAUGCUCUUAGGAGAAAUUGAGGAGAUCCUGGACGUCAUCGAACCGUCGCAGUUUGUGAAGAUCCAGGAGCCGCUCUUCAAGCAAGUGGCCCGGUGCAUCGCCAGCCCCCACUUCCAGGUGGCUGAACGGGCGCUGUAUUUCUGGAACAACGAAUACAUCCUGAGCCUGGUGGAGGACAAUUGUCACACGGUACUUCCUACCAUCUUCGGCACGCUCUACCGUGUCUCCAAGGAGCACUGGAACCCGACCAUUGUGUCUCUGGUCUACAACGUCCUCAAGACCUUCAUGGAGAUGAAUGGCAAGCUCUUUGAUGAACUCACUGCCUCCUACAAGGUGGAGAAGCAGCAGGAACUGAAGAAGGAGAAGGAACGCCAGGAGCUCUGGAGGCAUCUGGACGAACUUCAGCUGCAGAAACUGCAAGGCUUGGAAGAAGCCAAGAUGAACCGCCUGAAUUUGCAACGCACCCUGGCCAGCUAG